UCAAAUUGCCGUCAUGUAAUCACGUUUUGUAGGCAGCAUUUCUCAUUGCACUCAAAACAUAGAUUUAGUUUGAAAUAAGUCUUUAAUAUACUUGUGAUAGAAUACUUAAGCUCGAGACCGAGCUUUAAUGGAUUUCAUGUCAUAAACAUUUCCAGUGGGAAUUACUUUUGAUGUUGCUAAUAUCCAUAUGCAAAAAAGGAGUUGUAACAAGAUUAUGAAUUGGAGGUAAACAUGUAGCUAAUUGAUUCGUUACGUAGAUUAUCAGUGUAAAAGUGGGAAAAGACGCGCUUUUAAAACCUUAGUGAGAUAAACCUGUAUAUUAAUUCACUAAUUGCAAACAUGAUGGCAUUAGUAAGUUUUCUUUGAACAGUCAGCAAUACCACCAUAGUUGUUUAGCGUUUGAAAUAAUCAUGGUGUGCUUUAUAUUGGCGGUUAUAAUGCUAAUAAGACUGCCUUGUCUGGUUCCAGCGACAGAACUACAGACAGUCAAACAGGCAUUGGAAUAUGUGUUCCAGUUAAGAAAGGAGUCAUGUGGGGCUGGCACGGGAGAGGUUCUCCCUUUACAGUUUGAUGUAACUGCUUGGAACAAAUUUACAGAUCCUGCCGUUAGAACUGCCAAUUUACUUUCUAAAAUCAUGGCACUCCACAAUGGGACACUUGAUUCUCUCACAGACGAAAUGUUUUUUCUUCUUGUACGAAACAAUGUGCAUGGAGAUUCUGUGGUCUAUGGGUCUGGCAUUGGCUUAGAGAAAGGUGUCUACAGCAAAUACGACAGCUUUUGUGCAUACGCGUACAAGCAAAAUGGGACUAUUAGGGCACAUGAUAUCGCUGUGAACUACGGAUAUCAAGAUACUUACACAGCCUGGUGGACUGAUAUCAAAGCAAAAACAUUUGAUAAUGUUACUAUAGUAACCGACGUGGUAAUAUACAGAGAAGGCGAUCAUCAUCUACCGGAAGUGGAAAGUUCCUAUCCUGUUGCUGAAGUAUCUGAUGGCCACUGGACGGUUCCAUAUUAUGAUUGCGGGGAUGGCAAUGUGUGGAUGGUCACAUAUGUAGCACCACUUCUGAAAGUAGUGAACGGAUCGAUUUUGUUUCAAGGAAUAGCAUCGAUAGACAUUGAGCUAACACACAUUGAUAUCAACCAGUGUGAUGAUUACGAAAACUCCAUGUCUUCUGGUCUGGAUGUAUUUCGUGGAACGCACAGAUGUCAGUCAACUACAACGUGUAUUCCUAUGAAAGGAGAAGGAUUUGUAACUGGUGCUUACACAUGUGAAUGUAAUGAUGGAUUCUACUUCCCGAGUAAAUUAAAUGGAACUCGAGCAUAUACUGGAAAAGAAAUGGAUAAUUAUGUCAGGCAGUUUGGAGUUAUCAAGCCUGGAAUGUUUCAGUGUGUUGCGUGCGCAACAGGAUGUGACACGUGCGUGGACAGUUCUCCGUGUUUACAUGAACAUAACUAUCCUUUGAAAAUCGCACUUUUGAUAGCGACGAUAAGUACCGUUCUUGGCAUUGGAGGUAUUGCAGUAAUCACUUACGUAUAUAGGAAUAACAAGAUUAUCAAAUCAGCCAGUCCAAUGUUUCUGGAAUUAAUGUGCGUUGGCGGAAUACUAUUGUGCUCACAGUUCUUUACCACCUAUUUUAAAACAACUGUUUUGAUGUGUACAGUACGUAUUUGGCCACACCAUAUCGGUUUCUAUAUUCUGUACGGCUCACUAGUAGUCAAAACAUGGAGGAUUGCAGCAAUAUUUACUGUCGGUGCACGUAAGAGAUUGCAUCUCCCGGAUCAGGCACUAUUGCAACGGUUGGGCAUACUGAUGUGUUUUGUUGUUCUCGGGCUUGUGGCCUGGACAGCGGGAAAGCCGCCGGAAAUAGCAAAACUUAAGACGUCUGAAGGUCUUCACUUUUAUCUUUGCGAAUACGGACCUUUGGAGUAUGCGGUUAUAGCAACCGAAAUACUCCUGUUGAUGUACGGCGUAUACCUUUGCUUCUUAACACGGAAAGUCCCAGCGCAAUUCAAUGACAAAUUUAUGACGUAUGCAAUAUACAAUGCCAUCAUUCUUGGAAUAUUUAUGACUUUCAUGUCUCGUCUGCUCAUAUCCGUUAUUGGGCCAGAUCUAUCAUUGGUGUUUCAGUUCCUUCAGCUUCAAGUGUUUGCUUCGGUAACCCUUCUUAUCAUUUUCGUUCCUAAGUUUCUAGCCGUCAAAAAGAAGAAAGAAACAAACGGAAUGAAUAAUACACUUUCCAGCCAAACAUCAAAUUCAAUAAAGAAAGGGCGCUUCAACAAAGGUUUCUCUGGUGUGAUUGAUUUAAAUGUGAACUUUCUGAAGUUCUUGGAGGAAACAAUGGAUAAAUCAACCCAGACGGAUGGGUAUCUAGACAGACAAAAUAUCCACACACAUCUUCCGAAGUUUUAAAUUAUAUCAAACGGAACAGUUAUGAACAGUUAUAUUAGAUACGUUGACAAAAGACAUGAAAUGUCAAAACAAACAAAAACUGUUUCUAUUAAUUAAGAAAUACGGGAAGAAGUAGAUGAGUGAGAUCAUCUUAUAACGCUAACUUCUGAUUGACGUUUGUACAUAUGUUUCUAACGAAAUCCUCUUUUUGUAGAUAAGAUAUACAUAUACCAAAUUUU